CUCCGGUACCGGUAGCGGAAAUAGCGGCUGUGACUGCGGCUGGGCCCGGUGAGUGCGGCCUGCACGGAGCUCCGGGGCACCGGUGAGCCCUCCCCGCCCCUAUAGACCGGCAGUGUAGGCCGGUAGUGCUGCCCACGGGGUGCUGGAGGCCUGCAGGCCCCGGGCACCGCGGUGUAGGCCCAAGCGGGGCCCAGCUGUCAUAGCAAGGCCUGCCCCUCUCGGUGCCGCUGCCAUGUGGUCCGUGCUAUGGACCGCAGUGCGAACCCACGCUCCCUAUGUCACCUUCCCCGUUGCCUUCGUGGUGGGUGCCGUGGGAUAUCACCUGGAGUGGUUCAUCCGAGGCCCCAACCCGCCGCCGGCUGAGGAGGAGGAGAAAAGCAUCUCGGAAAGGAGGGAGGACAGAAAGCUGCAGGAGAUUGCGGGCAAGGACCUGACCAAGGUGGUGAGCUUGAAGGAGAAGAUGGAGUUUGCACCUCGGGCUGUGCUGAACAGGAACAGGCCAGAGAAGAGUUAAUGGAGCUGUUGGUUCUGAAGCUGAGGACUCACAGCUGGGCCUGGGCUGGGGGAUCCUCUGUCACUGCACACCUCCACCCUGACCCCAUCUGUGCUCAGGCUGUUCUCUGCCUCUGCUGCUGCACGUCACCCUCACUCUGCACACAGCAGAGCUAUCGGGGUUUACCCACCCUAUGAAUGUCUCCAGGACUGAAGGCAGACUGUCCUCCAUAGCUGGUGAAUGGGGAAUGGUUUGGAGAUGGGAUGUGUGAAACUCAUCAGCUCUCAACUCAUCCCCAGCAGCACAAAACCUUCAUGGCUUUAUCUGCCACACGUGUCACUUUAGGUUUGAUUUCUUUGUGGAUGUGGAAACAAAAGAGAUGUGGGCUCUGCUGGACACUUGGACCUGAGCGAUAUGGGGACCUGCCCUCCUACUUCCAUCUCUUCUUGCUCUUUGUGAACCCAGACUGGUUUGCUAAAGACCUCAGCACCAAUAUUUUAUCACCAGGAGAGCCCGAGUGCAGUGGGGACUUGGAAGCUCCUUCUGCACCGUCCUGGGGCUCUGCAGCACAGAGGUGGACCAGGGGAGGCAGCCAUCCUGGCCCUGCAUCUAUAGUGGAGCUUAGAGGUGUAGAGAAUGAGCACUCUUGCUUUGUACAGGCACAGCCAGAUUAAACUUCUGUGUGUCCUGGGCCUCA